GCCAAGGGCUAAAGAGGGGUUUAAAGGGAGCAAGAGGGGGAUCGCUUCAAUGGCGAGAGUAUGGAGAGGGUUGUGAUAUUUCCUCAGCUCUCCCUUCUCCCCUCCAUGCUCUUCCGAAGGGUCUUCACCUCCAUCGCUAGAUCCCAGCUCUCUACUCCUCUCUGGAGCUCGAUUUCAGUCGCCAUUCCCAGGUUCUCCACUCGGAAUCGGCCGGAAAUCCAAAGAAAGCGCUUCGGAUCCCGUCUCAUGGCUUCCGCCGCCAGAACCGGAGACGGCAGGCGGUCUCCCUUCGUUCCCUUGCCCCCUCCCGACGCGGAUAAGGCGGAAUUGUACAGGGGCCUUGAAGCAGCAAUAGGUUCAUCUUUCAGUUCGGAGCCUUUGUCACCACCUCCUAAUCCCCUAAUAAUUGUUAUCAGUGGACCAAGUGGUGUCGGCAAGGAUGCAGUUAUCAAGAGGCUGCUAGAAGUUCGGCAACAAAUUCACUUUGUUGUCACAGCCCCAGUCGAGCAAAACGACCAGGUGAAGUUGAUGGCAAGGACUACUAUUUUGUUACAAAAGAGGAAUUUCUUUCAAUGGUUGAAGGAACGAGCUUUUAGAAUAUGCCCUUGUAUAUGGAGAUUACAAAGGGAUACCAAAACAGCAG